AUGUUUUCAAAGCCCUUUAAGCCUCUGACAAUCCGCAAGCCUGUUCCAGCUGAAGAAUACAAUGACUUUGCUACUCCUCCGAAACGCAGAAGACUCAGUCCUCCAGAAGACACUUCCAAGGUCACCUUCAAAACCGCGAGGCAAACAACACCUGCACUCACCAGCCCUCGUAAUGACGGGUACAACAGCGAGAAGAGAGAAGUGCUCAAGAAUGUUCCCAAUCCUCCGAGCUCUGUCAAAGAGCCAAAGUUAAGAGAGGGAGAUGGCAUCGAAAGUGUUUAUUAUUCAAUUUUAUGGCGUCUUCCUACGAAUAAGAAGAACAAGACAUGGACCGAUGAUGGAGUCCUUGUAAUUUCCGGUGGUUUUGCAACACUCCAUAACAAUUCUGGCAAGACCAUCGGCCGCACUGCAUUCUCUUCGCCCUUACUACCCGGCUCCAACCUGUCGAUCGGAGGCAAAGAAGUCGAGGUAGAUUCUUGUAUCACAAAGGAUGAAUAUCUUGAAAUCGUCAAAUCAGGUGCCGGCUCGAAGAAGGUCGAAAAAAAUCCUCAGUCGAAAGUUGAGACUACACAGGUCUUCCCCCCCCAACAAAAGAGAUUCAGCAUACAGGCUCAGAUGGAGGCCCAGAUACAGAGAGAGAAGACACAUAUAAAGAAACGGGACUUGUCACGGUCUACUCGUGUCGAGGCUUUCAAGCAACCUUUGAAGGACACGACAAUUCUUCCGCAAGGGUCCUCCGAGAAUCCAACUCCCCGACAUGACCCCAACGCAUCUGGUGCUCUCGUUUUCAAGAGACCAAGGAUUGUACCUCUAGGUCGCCAAAUUGUCGACGUUGUUCUGGAUCCUCUCAUUGAGAAGUUAUUACGACCACACCAAAAAGACGGCGUCAAGUUUUUGUAUGAAUGUGUUAUGGGACUUCGGAAUUUUGAUGGACAGGGUUGUAUCCUCGCCGAUGAUAUGGGCUUGGGCAAAACCUUGACUACAAUCGCUCUAUUAUGGACUCUGCUAAGGCAGAAUUCAGUGUACAAAGACCCACCAGUCGUACGAAAAGCUCUCAUUGUGUGUCCGGUGUCUCUGAUUCGAAACUGGAAGAGAGAGUUCCAAAAAUGGCUUGGCUCGGACAGGCUUGGAGUUCUUGAAUUCGAGGAUCAAAACACUCGUCUCAGCAACUUUGAUGGCAAGGUCUAUCAGGUGAUGAUCAUUGGCUACGAAAGGCUGAGGAUGAUUGCCGAUGACCUGGCCAAAGGUCAUCCGAUAGACAUUGUUGUAUGCGAUGAGGGCCACCGCCUGAAGACGAUGAAGAACAAGAACGUCCAGGCAAUCGAAUCAUUGAAUACUCCAAGGAGAAUCAUUUUGUCCGGGACACCGAUCCAGAAUGACUUGAGCGAAUUUUACGCCAUGGUCAAUUUUGUGAAUGACGGUUGUCUAGGAUCACAAAAAGCCUUUGUGAGAGACUUUGAAAUGCCUAUCUUGAAAAGCCGUCAACCUGGCGCGUCUGAGGAAGACAUGGAACGGGGACAGGAAGCAAGCGAAGAAUUGGCUCGAACGACGUCUCCGUUCAUCCUUCGAAGAACAGCAGACAUACUAGCCGAUUUCUUGCCACCGAGAACAGAAUAUGUACUUUUCUGCAGGCCAACACAAGCACAGGCCAAGAUCUACCGCACUGUUUUGAAGUCGCCCAUGUUUCACAACGCUCUCUGUAGCAAUGAGAGCACCUUCCAACUCAUCACGAUCUUGAAGAAGUUAUGCAAUAGUCCUGCUUUGAUGGACCCAAAAUUGGGCGGUGACGAUCUCAUGCCGUCCUCAUCACUCACGACAUUGAGCGAAAUGCUUCCCGAAGGACUUUCGAAACUGUACAACAAUUCAGUUUCCUGCAAAAUUCGACUUCUCGACCAACUGCUCCAGCAAAUACGGUAUAAAACCGAUGAAAAAAUCGUGGUGAUUUCAAACUACACGUCCACCCUGAAUCUGAUCGAGCAAUUGCUCGUCAACUCGAAUCUCGCAUAUCUCCGUCUCGAUGGUACAGUCGCAGCAAAGAAGCGACAAGGGCUAGUAGAUCAGUUCAAUCGCUCCAAACCCGGGCAGUGUUUUGCAUUCUUGUUGAGCGCAAAGGCAGGUGGCGUUGGUAUCAAUUUGACCGGAGCCAGCCGACUCGUUCUUUUCGAUGUGGAUUGGAAUCCGGCAACGGAUGAUCAGGCUGUGGCCCGAAUCCACCGGCAAGGCCAGAAGAGACAUUGCAAAAUCUACAGAUUCUUGAUCAAAGGCGGGCUGGAAGAGAGAAUUUGGCAGAGACAAGUAGUGAAAAGAGCGCUCGCGGACAGUAUCAUGCAGGGGGGGUCUGCCGCCUCUUCCGGUUCUCUCGAUGCUGGUGGCACGGGUAAAGGUAGGACAUCUCCUUUCAGCCAGGACGAACUGAAGGAUCUCUUCCGCCUGGAUGAGAGUGAUGGAUUGCGGACUCACGAUUUAAUCGGAUGCGGCUGUAAAGGUGCAGGACGCGAGGUUGAGGAGAGCUUUGUGAGUGAGUCUGCAACCGCUCUCGACCAAGGAACAGAAUCUUUCCUCGAAGAUUCCGAAGAAGAGUUGCCCAAGGCAUCAAUCUCCACGAAGAGAAAAUCUCCUUCACCGGGAAAUGAGGAGAGUGUCAACAUGCAUGAGCCAAACAACGCGAAAUCGCCGUCGACUAGGACCGAGUUGGAAGCGGAGCGACAAGAGCUUAUGAAAUAUUCUCACUUCGACACAUCAAAUCUCUCCCAGUCAGACAAAGACGAGGACCUGGUAAGUCGAAUCCUGGCCGGGGUUGACGAUGCUUGUCUCGAGCAUGUUCUCAGUCUGGGCGACGACGUCACUGGGGGUGGCGGUGUUUCGUACGUCUUCAAGAAGACAAACGGAAGCCAGGCUCUUUAG